AGGGGCGGGGGCCGGAGGAGUAGGGGGGUGGACGCGUUGGGGUCCGGGUUUGGAGUUCGAUCGGGGGGUCGCAGGCUCAGAGCAUCGGUCAGGCCAGGGCGCGGAGUUCGCCCGGGUUCCCCAGAUGCGGCUGGAGCUGACCCGGAGGCCUGGGAGGGGAGAGGAGCUAGACACCGCCCCCGCUGGCGCCGCUCCUUCUCGCUGACCUUGGUCUCGCUUGUCGCCUCGUCCUUGGCCACACGCACUGACGGACACAGGGCCCGGGAGCUCGGCCGACUAGGCCCAGGGCACACGGAGACCACCUAGGCCAGAGCGCAUCCACUGGCCCGGCCUCUUCCGCGGGCUCCGGGGCGCCGGGUCUCCCCGACCCCGCCGCGGGGGCCAUCCAGCCCAGGGUUAAUGCCAACGAGUUCCCACCUCCAGCCGCUCCUAGAGAGGCCGCGGCGCUAGCCAGCGAGGGGAACUGGCCGCGGACGGACACUUCCUGUGCUGGGGGGAGGGAGUAGGGCAGUCGCAGCCCAACCCGGGGCUCGGGGUGGGGGGCGGCCAGACUGCGGGGUCUCGGGCGGGGAAUCGUGUGUGAGGGGGCGGCAGGGCGAGUCGUGAAGCCCCUCAUUUGCGAGGCCGCGACGCGCUGGCGGCCGAGAGGGCCGCAGGGCAGGCCGAGACCUUGGGAAGGGGGGGCGGGGCCGCGGCUCGGGGAGGGGCCGGUGGGCCGGAGAGGCCCAGGGUCAAGACGUCCGGCCUCGGGGGCGGGGGUGCAGGCGGAGUUGGGGAGCCGGGGCUCCUGAGCAGCGUGGAGAAGACGGGUGGCGAGGGCUCGGGUCUCAGGGCACUCAGGCCGGGUCUCAGGAUCGUCCGCCAUCGCCACUACCGCCGCGCUGGGAGCUGGCGGGGAUGGAGCGGGAGGCGUCGCCGUGGGGCCUGGAGCCCCGGGAUAUGCAAAGUCCAGACGGAAUGGGGAGCUCUGAAAGGUCCCCCCAAGGCCCCAUGAGUGAGAAUGAGGAAGAGGACGGUUCGCAGGAAGAAGGCACUGGGGACUAUGAAGUCGAAGAGAUCCCUUUCGGGCUUGAGCCCCAAAGCCCAGGGUUUGCAUCCCACAGCCCCAGGUUUGAAUCGGAAAGCCCAGGGUUCGAGUCCCGCAGCCCAGGGUUCACACCCCCUAGUCCCGAGUUCGGCCGUAGAAGCCCUGAUUCUCAGGCGCCUGAGUUUGAACCUCAGAGCCCUGGCUAUGAACCUCAGAGCCCUGAGUUUGAAACACAGAGUCCUGGGUGUGAAUCCCAGAACCCCGAGUUCAAAACGCAGAGCCUGGAAGCAGAGGCUGGAGAGACGGCGGUGCUCCUGAAUCCUGAAGCAAGGAGUGCGGCUUUGAGCAGCCUGCCCCUGGGGGUCCACCCUCUGGACUCCUUUACUCAGGAGCUUGGGGAGCAGUCCACUGGUGACGUGCCCCUGGGACCACCUUUUGAGAUGCCCACGGGGGCCCUGCUGACACCACCUCAGCUGGAAAUGCUGCAGAACCCCCUGGGGCUGACGGGGCGCCGGCGGGGUGGUCGGUCGCGGGGUGGCCAGGGCCCCCGGCCUAACAUCUGUGGCAUCUGUGGGAAGAGCUUCGGCCGGGGCUCAACCCUCAUCCAGCACCAGCGCAUCCACACGGGCGAGAAGCCCUACAAGUGCGAGGUGUGCAGCAAGGCCUUCUCCCAGAGCUCUGACCUCAUCAAGCACCAGCGCACCCACACCGGUGAGCGGCCCUACAAGUGCCCCCGCUGUGGCAAGGCCUUCGCCGACAGCUCCUACCUGCUCCGGCACCAGCGCACCCACUCGGGCCAGAAACCCUAUAAGUGCCCACAUUGCGGCAAGGCCUUCGGCGACAGCUCCUACCUCCUCCGGCACCAGCGCACGCACAGCCACGAGCGGCCCUACAGUUGCCCCGAGUGUGGCAAGUGCUACAGCCAGAACUCAUCUUUGCGCAGCCACCAGCGGGUGCACACCGGCCAGAGGCCCUUCAGCUGCGGGAUCUGUGGCAAGAGCUUCUCCCAGCGCUCAGCCCUCAUCCCUCACGCCCGCAGCCAUGCCCGGGAGAAGCCCUUCAAGUGCCCCGAGUGCGGCAAGCGCUUUGGCCAGAGCUCUGUGUUGGCCAUCCAUGCCCGCACCCAUCUGCCAGGCCGCACCUACAGCUGCCCCGACUGCGGCAAGACCUUCAACCGCUCCUCCACCCUGAUCCAGCACCAGCGCUCACAUACAGGCGAGCGGCCCUACAGAUGCGCCGUGUGCGGCAAGGGCUUCUGCCGCUCCUCCACACUGCUGCAGCACCACCGGGUGCACAGCGGGGAGCGGCCCUACAAGUGUGAUGACUGCGGCAAGGCCUUCUCGCAGAGCUCCGACCUCAUCCGCCACCAGCGGACCCACGCAGCAGGCCGCCGCUGAUGCCCUGGCCCCGCCUGGGGGGUGGGGAUGUGGGGGCAGAAGGG